GACUCUGGGCUGCUGCCGCUGCUGUGUGGGUUUCUUUACACUCGCUGGCAGGCUGGGUGCCGGCUCCCUCGCCCACCGGGAAAGUGGGUUACGGAGGCAAGAGGCUCAGCUCAGACGCUGGCAAAGGAGCAUCCAGCCACAGAGAGACCAGAAAACACCUUCUCUUUGGCCGCCUUCUCUUCAUCUUUUCUAGAGGGUUUUAUAUUUUGUACUCUCUCCCUUCAAAUUUUGUUUCUUUGACUUUUCCCCACCUCUGCUCGGGUUUUUGAGGGCUUUGUUGAGUCUUAGAGGCAAAAGAGACUGAGCGGGGGAAAGAGAGAGGCAAAGUGGAAAGGACCACAAAUUGGCAAAGCCCGUUACGCCUUUGCCGUGGAUGAAAGCCCUCCGUUUGUAAAGCCCUCUCGGCGAGCAGCGGACACACGCACAUCCUCCAGAGCAGCCCGGGACCCGCACCUCGGCGUGGCCACCAUGGUCGCCAGAGUUCAGCCUGAUCGGAAACAGUUGCCGCUGGUCCUACUGAGAUUGCUCUGCCUUCUUCCCACAGGACUGCCCGUUCGCAGCGUGGAUUUUAACCGAGGCACCGACAACAUCACCGUGAGGCAGGGGGACACGGCCAUCCUCAGGUGUGUUGUAGAAGAUAAGAACUCGAAGGUGGCCUGGUUGAACCGUUCUGGCAUCAUUUUUGCUGGGCACGACAAGUGGUCUCUGGACCCCCGGGUUGAGCUGGAGAAACGCCAUUCUCUGGAAUACAGCCUCCGAAUCCAGAAGGUGGAUGUCUACGAUGAGGGUUCCUACACUUGCUCAGUGCAGACACAGCAUGAGCCCAAGACCUCCCAAGUUUACUUGAUCGUGCAAGUUCCACCAAAGAUCUCCAACAUUUCCUCGGAUGUCACUGUGAAUGAGGGCAGCAACGUGACCCUGGUCUGCAUGGCCAAUGGCCGUCCUGAACCUGUUAUCACCUGGAGACACCUUACACCAACUGGAAGAGAAUUUGAAGGAGAAGAAGAAUAUCUGGAGAUCCUCGGCAUCACCAGGGAGCAGUCAGGCAAAUAUGAGUGCAAAGCUGCCAAUGAGGUCUCCUCGGCGGAUGUCAAACAAGUCAAGGUCACUGUGAACUAUCCUCCCACUAUCACGGAAUCCAAGAGCAACGAAGCCACCACCGGGCGAAAAGCUUCUCUCAAAUGUGAGGCCUCGGCAGUGCCUGCACCUGAUUUUGAGUGGUACCGGGAUGACACCAGGAUAAACAGUGCCAAUGGCCUUGAGAUUAAGAGCACGGAGGGCCAGUCCUCCCUGACGGUGACCAACGUCACUGAGGAGCACUAUGGCAACUACACCUGUGUGGCUGCCAACAAUCUGGGGGUCACGAACGCCAGCCUCGUACUUUUCAAGCGUGUUUUACCCACAGUCCCCCACCCCAUUCAAGCCCCUCAUGACAGACGUGCACCAGAGAUGCUCUCACAUUUAGAAGGACCGCAGGUGCAGAAUGAGGUGAUGAAACCUGCCUCAGGAAGUAAAAAUAAAGGGAAAGAAGAGAAAAGGACAAGAACAAACCACCGUUGUGUGUUUAUCACCCUCAAGUGAAGAAUUCC